GCGGACAAAGGCGCUUUACACAGACUGAUUGUUAACAUGAUAAAGUCGCUUCAGCCAUCACUUCCGUCCAAGAAAGCGAUGCGCAAGAGCAAACCACCUGACAAAUUCAUACGACUAAACUAACUAAAAUCUAAAUCUACCCGCACUAUUCAUAAAGAUUAGACAACAACCAUGGGUAUACACGUACUCCUCGCUUCGACCGCAUUGAAGACGGUCAGCGUGACUGGACUUUGGCUAAUACCGCUACUUUUGGGAGCAUUUACCUAUCACAAUUACAACUCCUACGACCCUGAAGCAAAAGUGCACGAUAAGGAACCGGGCAGGGAGUACGACUUCAUAGUUGUAGGGGGCGGAUCCGCGGGCGCCGUUGUAGCGAACAGGUUGACUGAAGUCAGUAAUUGGAACGUACUUUUAUUAGAAGGUGGACCUGAUGAAAACGAAAUAACAGACGUACCUUCAUUAGCCGGCUACCUGCAGCUAACAAAACUUGAUUGGCAAUAUAAGACGGAACCCACCGCGUACGCGUGCUUGGGAUUUAAAAAACACAGGUGUAGUUGGCCGAGAGGCAAGGUCCUUGGAGGGUCCAGCGUUCUUAACUACAUGAUCUACGUGAGAGGGAAUAGAAAUGAUUUCGACCAAUGGGAGUCGUUCGGGAAUCCAGGCUGGUCAUACAAAGACGUACUGCCUUAUUUUAUAAAAUCUGAGGACAACCGAAAUCCCUAUCUUGCCAAUAAUAAAUACCACGGUACAGGUGGAUACCUCACAGUGCAAGAAGCACCGUGGAGAACCCCACUGGUAGCAGCUUUUGUAGAAUCUGGAGUUGAAUUGGGAUAUGAUAAUAGGGAUAUUAACGGAGAAAUUCAAACCGGAUUCAUGAUAGCCCAAGGCACCAUAAGACGCGGCUCCAGAUGCAGCACCGCCAAAGCAUUUUUAAGACCAGUAAGAACGCGCAGAAAUCUUGAUAUUUCAUUGAAUUCGCAAGCCACAAGAAUUCUUAUUAAUCCAAUUACAUUAAAAGCAUACGGAGUUGAAUACGUUAAACAUGGAAUAAAGCGAGUUGUAUAUGCGAGAAAAGAAGUGAUUUUAUCUUCUGGGGCUAUCAACAGCCCACAACUUUUGAUGUUGUCAGGCAUAGGACCCAAGGAUCAUCUACGAAAUGUUGGGAUACGAGUACUAAAAGAUUUGCCAGUCGGUGAGAACUUACAGGAUCACGUUGGUGUUGGAGGGCUCACAUUUCUAGUCGAUAAACCAGUGUCAAUAGUUCAAAACCGGUUCCAAGCCUUCCCUGUGACAAUGAAUUACGUAGUAAAUGAAAGAGGGCCAAUGACAGUACUUGGUGGACUUGAAGGCAUCGCAUUCGUUAAUACGAAAUACGCGAAUAGUUCC